AUUGGAAGCAUCAUGCAGCCCUUAAUCUGGAGUUUGUGGACCGAAUGGCUGAAGGUGUCAUUCACACCUUUGCCCCAAUGAAAAGGUGCCAGUUCUUCCCUAUAAAGGGGCACCAAGAGUAACUCCAGCUCAGAUCACUGCUUAUUCACCAGAGGAUUUACAUUUCUGCAUGACUGAGAAAAGGAUUUUAACCAUGGGGACUCCAAAAAAUCCAAAAAGCAGAGCAUCCAGAAGAGUGUUGAAGCCGGUCAUCGAGAAGAAACGGAGAGACAGAAUCAACCAGAGUUUGGAUGAGCUGAGAACUCUGCUGCUGGAUAACACCCUGGACUCGAGGCUACAAAACCCUAAACUGGAAAAGGCUGAGAUUCUGGAGCUGACUGUGGAGUACAUCAGGAAAAAAUCAAGUAAAGACAGUACCGCAGAUUUGAACAGGGAUCUUUGUGACCCUGUCCCGACUGUCAAGACCACCGGCGUACCCCGUGUACCCUUUAUCAACCUCCACGAUGCACAGAAUCUCCACGCCCCAGCUCCCUCUAGUCCGCUUUACACGGCCGGCUUCCAAGACUGCGUCUCUCGUCUGGCCAGCUUCAUCGAGUGUGUGGAUCCAUCACAGCGGGAGAACUUCAUCCAGGGCCUUCGUCAACACCUGAACUCACAUACUGACACCAUCUCCAAGGUCAGAGGUCACAAUCAAGCCAGCUCUCCCCAGUGGGUUAGAGCCAACCUGCACCCAAGUCCUGAGCCAUUUUCAUUCAGCAAUGGGCUCUAUUCCGGCUCGUUUGCCCUGCAUCAUCCCUAUCCAUCUCCUCCAUAUUCAUUAUCUCCUCCUCCCUCACCGUGCUACUCCAGCUCCUCUCCUCCAUACUCCUCAUCUCCCACCUACCUUACCGUGCCCUGCCACUUCUCCUUUCCUCCAUCCAUCUCUCCACUCUCCUCUGAUUCCACCUCAUCAUCGUCCUCCUCGUUCUCCUCAUCUUUCACAAUGUCUGCUCCUGCAGUUUUAGCUCCGGCGGCAUCAGCAACUCAAGCUCCUCAGCAACCUCAGACCCCUCACUGUCCAUCCCAGCAGAUUCUGAGGCGAGAGCUGUUCCCCUGUCAGACAAACGCAGUCUGGAGACCCUGGUGAUCAGGGAAAACAAGAACUCUUUGUAUCUCUAGAUUAUUUAUUAUUAAACAGAAGAGAAACACCAGGUCGCGCUUCUACACUUUUCCCUCUCAGUCAUUGAGAGAGAUUGAGCUUUACAUAAGAGAAUCUAAUUCGCAGAGACACUAAAUAUGAAACUAAAGGGGUUAUGAUCUUUCAUCUCAGUCCAUGGUGCUGUGUGCCAAAUCUAAUGGAAUGUCAUAUAUAUAUAUUUUUUCCUUUCACUCUUUCAUACUGUUGACAUUCCUCUUUCCUCUCUGACUUUACCUACCUGUUCUUUGUUACUCUAUAUUAUAUAUAAAGUGUAAAUAUAUUUAUUUUCUAUAUGUGUACAGUCUUGUAAUUUAAUUGUACAUGUUUACCAAAUAAAGCUCUAAUUUUGUUACAUAUUAAAA